AUGUCUCUGCUUCAUGUGCCAAAUGAACUUCUGCAGCUUAUCGCAGAGGAGCUGGAACUGGUGAGCGAUGUAAAUGCUUUCGUUCGAACAAACACCCGCCUUUAUCGUCUCUUAAAUUCAUAUCUUUAUCUCUACGAUGUCCAGAAGCUUGGGAGUUCGGCAUUAUUGUGGGCUACGAAGCACGGGCAAGAGGCGACAGCUCGAAAAUCACUUCAAGGAGGAGCUCAUAUUGAGACAAUGUUUGAAGCAAAUCGAACUCCACUGGCACUAGCAGCAGAAAAUGGACAUGAUGGUGUGGUUAAGCUGCUGCUCGCCACAAAGGGUGUUAACCCUGAUUGCAUGGAUCGUUACAAACGGACGCCACUGUCAUUAGCGGCUGGGAAGGGACAUGAUACAGUCGUCAAUAUGUUGCUCGACAUAAGAACCGUCGACCCAGACUCUAGGGAUUAUCAAGGACAGACACCCCUGUCGUGGGCAGCAGAAUACGGACAUGAAGCGGUAGUCAAGCUGCUGCUUAGGACAGAGGGCGUCAACCCAAACUCCAGGGAUUAUAAUAGACGUACACCUCUGCUGCUCGCUGCACGGAGCGGAUGCGAGGCAGUGGUUAAAUUAAUGCUUGCCACAGACAGCGUUGAUCCAGAGUGCAGGGACUCUCUCGGAUGGACGCCGCUAGCGUCGGCGGCACAUAAUGGACAUGAGCUAGUGGUCAGACUGCUGCUCGCUACCAAACGUGUUGACCCAGAUUCCAACAACUAUCUAAAGCAGACUCCCCUCUCUUUGGCAGCACAAAGUGGACAGGAGGCGAUGGUCAGGCUAUUGCUAGCUACGGAGGGUGUCAACCCAGAAAGCAAGGAUUCUGACGGACAGACGCCGCUGUCGCGAGCGGUAAAGAAUGGGCGUGAGGUGGUGGUCAAGUUACUUCAGAUACAUAGGCCGCCUGGUCAACAUACUUUCAAGCACUAG